UUUUUCGUGCCAGCUUGUGUCAUCACAGUUGCACUGCACUGUAUUUAGUAAAUUAACAGGACAUGCAAAUUUUUUUGUUGUGUUAUGUUUUGUUUUGUAAAUGUAUUAAAAGUUAAUAAAGCUGAAACAUAAUGAAGCUACCUGUCAUGUGUCGCACUUGUGAUGCAAGGGACACGGAUAAACUAUACAAGCUGGCUACAUCUACCAAACGAUUUCCGGAUAAACAGCUCUCCGACAUUUUAACCGAACUAACGCACAUAGAAUUAGAUGAAACCUUUGCGCAACAGCUGCCACAGUGCCUGUGCGGUAAUUGUGCCAGAAAGCUAAUUGGCGCAUAUUAUUAUGUUAAGCAAGCACUGACAGCAAAUGAGCUGCUCAUGAAUCAUGUGGACCGCCUGGGGAGUAGUAAAACUGCAGUCAACGACUGUCUGCAAGAGGCGCCAAUGGAGUUGUGUGCCGAGCAACAUGUGGAGAUUAAAAUGGAAACAGAAGAGGAGGAGGCUGAGAAUGAUAUAACCUGCACGGAACUGCCGGAGUUUACAACAGUACAAAAUGCCACUGAUGUGGAGUUAGAGCUGGAUAACAAAAAGUCCAAUGACCCCCUUAACAUGCUCGAGCCAGUGAAACAGGAGGUGGAGUCAGCCGCUGCUCGGACUCCAAUAAUUCGAGAGCCGGAAGAAUAUAAAGCUGAUAUUGAAGAUGAAGAAUCCCUCGAUGAUUUGCCAUUGCAACUGCGCGCACACAAGUGGAAGCAAACGGGCAUGCUGCGCGCAGUAAAGCGUUCAAUUUAUAAAUGCACCGAAUGCCCCAAGAACUUCAAGCGACCGGAAUAUCUCAAGCAGCAUGCGACACGGGCGCAUAAAUCGAAGACCGAUUGGUUUUCCUGCUCCUACUGCAUACGCAAAUUCAGUCAUCGGGAGGCUCUGCAGUCGCAUCUGAAAGUGCAUCGGGAUUCCAAACGGUCAGCGAACUUGGGCGAGAGCAAAAAAGCCAAGGAUAUAGACCUGAACAUGUGCAAGCCGCAUGGCUAUAAGCUCAUCGAAUGUAUGAUUUGUCAGAGUCAAUACGAUAAAAUAGCGGAUCUUCGACGUCAUCUGGAACAGCAUCCGGAUAUUGUUGGAUUUGGUGCACGCUCCAAUAUGCAGCCACAUGAGCUGGCGGAGCUCUUUUACCCGGAUGCCAAGCACAUCAGCGUGGAGCAGCUAAAGGCCCUCAUACGCAAAGAUCUGGAUGCUGGUAUUUAUCAACGUUUCUAUUCCAUUACCAAUCAGUCGGGAUAUGAAAUGGAUCUGGAUAGCUCGGAGACGGAAAGCGAGGCCGAACGAGAUGUUGAUGAGCAGCAGCUGAAGCGCAACAUACCCAAAGCCAAGUACAGUUGUGACCUGUGCCACGAGCGCUACCAACGUAAAUACCAACUCUUUGAUCAUCAGCGUCUGGCGCAUGCCUGGCUGGAUGCGCCGCAUGUCUGUGGACGCUGCGAUGCGCGUUUUGUUAGCCUCCAGCUGCUGCGGCAACACAAUGAGCUGCAAUGCAAGAAUGCCCAAAAACGAUUCCUCUGCCACAGAUGUCCACUACGCUUCCGUUGGCGCCACAAUCUAAAGGCGCAUAUACGAGAACAUCGCAGUAUAAAUCAAACCUAUGAGUGUGCCGAUUGUAAACGCGUAUUCGACAAAAAGAAAUCUCUCACCGUGCACAUGCUCAGCGUGCAUGCAGAAGAAUCAAAACUCAUACCGUGCCAAUGGUGUACCCGCAAGUUCUACCGACGUGACUAUUUGGUGAAGCAUCUGAAGCGUCAUGGUAUACGGGAACAGGAUAUACCGCUCGCCGAGACGCUAAUUGCGGCCACCGCGAAACCAAAUGGCGUCAAACGCAUCACCUGCAAGAUUUGUAAUCUUCACUUUGAACGCAUCAGCGACCUGCGAGCGCACAUUCAGCUGGAGCUGAAGCUAGCCUUAUCGCUGCACCAGAACUACGAUUCAUUACACAACUACUCAAUUACAAAUGAAUCUGGGUACGAACUUCAGCUAGGCGACUCUGAAACGGAGGAUGAACUGCAAAUGCAGCAACCACGAGGCUCGCCCAGCACGCGACUCGUCUACGUUUGCGAACUAUGCAAAGUCCAGUGCAAGCGCAAGUACGAGAUGAUCCAGCAUCAGCGGGCGAUGCAUCGGUUCGACAAAAUGCCACACGAGUGCGAGCUCUGCAUAUUCAAGUGCGUCUGCAAGAGCAUCAUGGAUCAACACAGGCAGUCGCAAUGCCACAGCGUCGAGAAGAAGCUGGCGUGCAGCAAAUGCAGCUACAAAUUCAUGUGGGCAGAGAAUUUGCAACAGCAUAUGUUGCUGCAGCACGGCAGCAUCGAUCUACAGUCUGCUCCUGCAUCUGCUGUGAGCGAUGCAGCCAGCGCAGAUCGUUUGUCAGCUGUGUCGAUUAAUCCCGCUAUUACGACCGAGGAUGUGCAGCUGCUGCAGUGUCCUCACUGCGAUCGCACUUAUCAGAUGAAGGCACGUCUCAACAAUCACAUACGCGAUGUGCACAUCAAUGGGGAUCGCAAGCGUAAAGAGGCCAUCAAGAAAUUCCUCUGUUCGCUCUGCGGACGGGAAACCCAAUCGGCGGCUACAUUGGUCACCCAUAUGCGUCGGCAUACGGGCGAGAAGCCGUUCAAAUGUGAUCUGUGCGAAAUGGCCUUUCCGAGGCAUUCGGAAAUGAUGUCUCACCGGCGAAUGCACACGGGCGAGAAACCCUUCCAUUGUACGGUCUGCGGAAAGGAUUUUGCCCGUUCCGACAAACUGAAGCGGCAUAUGUUGACGCACAGCGGAUUGAAGCCACACAAGUGCACCUACUGCGAUAAAAGCUAUCGCCAGGCGAAGGAUCUGAAGCUUCAUCUGCAGCAACAUACGGGCGAGUGUCCUUUCAUAUGCGGCACCUGUGGCGAGCGUUUCAUACAGGGAACCGCCUUGGAAAAGCACCGCAUGAUGCGACGUCACUUUGACGAGGUGGAGGAGCGCAUCACCACCAACAACAGCCACACAGCAACUGCUUAG